UUUAUCGCGGUCACACUGCUUACACGCCGACACGGCGCGACGAAAGCAAGAAUUAAAUUUAGUUUUAUUUAAUAGCCGUUAAUUAAUCGUUGUUCAGUAAAGGCAACAUUUAAGUGCACAGUAAUCAAGUCAAUUAACUAUUCAUCGAACAAAUAAGUGAUAACAUGGCGACGAUCGAGUCUGACAAAAUACCGCUACAACAGCGGAAACACCAGCAAUUCUCACUGUUGCCCAAAGUAAUCAACGGUGGAAUCGCUGGCGUCAUUGGUGUGACAUGUGUGUUUCCAUUGGAUUUGGUCAAGACUCGUCUGCAGAACCAGCAGGUCGGUCCAAAUGGCGAACGAAUGUACAAGAGCAUGUUCGAUUGCUUCCGGAAGACAUACGCCGCCGAGGGCUACUUUGGCAUGUAUCGCGGCUCGGGGGUGAACAUCCUAUUGAUUACCCCUGAGAAAGCUAUCAAGCUGACGGCCAACGAUUAUUUCCGUCAUAAAUUGACCACCAAGGAUGGCAAGCUUCCCAUCAGCAGUCAGAUGGUAGCAGGAGGUCUGGCCGGAGCAUUCCAGAUCGUUGUCACCACCCCCAUGGAGCUGCUCAAGAUCCAGAUGCAGGACGCGGGACGAGUGGCAGCGGCCGCCAAACUGGCGGGUAAGACGGUAGAAAAGGUGUCGGCCACCCAGCUGGCCUCACAGCUGGUAAAAGAGAAGGGAAUAUUUGGCCUCUACAAGGGCAUCGGUGCUACGGGCCUGCGAGAUGUGACAUUCUCGGUCAUCUACUUCCCGUUGUUUGCCACGCUCAACGAUCUCGGCCCGAGGCGCAAGGAUGGCUCGGGCGAGGCUGUCUUCUGGUGUUCCUUCCUGGCUGGCUUGGCGGCGGGUUCUACUGCUGCUUUGGCCGUCAAUCCCUUCGAUGUGGUAAAAACACGCCUUCAGGCGAUUAAGAAGGCCGAUGGCGAGAAGGAGUUCAAAGGCAUAUCCGAUUGCAUCACUAAGACGCUAAAGCAUGAGGGACCCACGGCAUUCUUCAAGGGCGGUCUGUGCCGUAUGAUUGUGAUUGCUCCAUUGUUCGGCAUUGCUCAGACGGUGUACUAUCUGGGCGUGGCCGAGGGACUGUUGGGCAUGGAAAAGAAAGUCAGUGGCGGUGUACCCUCUAAUGGUACCACGCUAACCCCUCAUUGCACCCCCAGUAUACUUCCAAAGAUCAUCAAUGGCGGGAUCGCUGGCGUCAUUGGUGUGACAUGUGUGUUUCCAUUGGAUUUGGUCAAGACGCGUCUGCAGAACCAGCAGGUCGGUCCAAAUGGCGAACGAAUGUACAAGAGCAUGUUCGAUUGCUUCCGGAAGACAUACGCCGCCGAGGGCUACUUUGGCAUGUAUCGCGGCUCGGGGGUGAACAUCCUAUUGAUUACCCCUGAGAAAGCUAUCAAGCUGACGGCCAACGAUUAUUUCCGUCAUAAAUUGACCACCAAGGAUGGCAAGCUUCCCAUCAGCAGUCAGAUGGUAGCGGGAGGUCUGGCCGGAGCAUUCCAGAUCGUUGUCACCACCCCCAUGGAGCUGCUCAAGAUCCAGAUGCAGGACGCGGGACGAGUGGCAGCGGCCGCCAAACUGGCGGGUAAGAAGGUAGAAAAGGUGUCGGCCACCCAGCUGGCCUCACAGCUGUUAAAAGAGAAAGGAAUAUUUGGCCUCUACAAGGGCAUCGGUGCCACGGGACUACGAGAUGUGACAUUCUCGGUCAUCUACUUCCCGUUGUUUGCCACGCUCAACGAUCUCGGCCCGAGGCGCAAGGAUGGCUCGGGCGAGGCUGUCUUCUGGUGUUCCUUCCUGGCUGGCUUGGCGGCGGGUUCUACUGCUGCUCUGGCUGUCAAUCCCUUUGAUGUGGUAAAAACACGCCUUCAGGCGAUUAAGAAGGCCGAUGGCGAGAAGGAGUUCGAAGGCAUAUCGGAUUGCAUCACUAAGACGCUGAAGCAUGAGGGACCAACGGCAUUCUUCAAGGGCGGUCUGUGCCGUAUGAUUGUGAUUGCUCCAUUGUUCGGCAUUGCUCAGACAGUUUACUAUCUGGGCGUGGCUGAGGCACUGUUGGGCAUGGAAAAGAAAUAAAGGAGACCUCCCUUCCGAUAAAACUAAUCGAUAAGACAAAAAUUGUAUGUUUACACUCUGAAUGUUGAAGGUGAAAUGUUAUUCUUAAAGCUGUCCAAGAAUGUAAUUGUAAAGUCUCAAAAUGUCAGCGGUCAGUCCAAAAAUCAUGUGUACAGGCCUUUGGCAGUGAACCUAUGCUCCUAUGACAAUAAGAUAAAGUGGAAUCAGAGCUAUUAUUAUGUAAAAUGUUUGUUUUCUAGUUCGUUUGUUUUAGAUUAAUUUAUAAUUGUUGUGUUUUGACUGUCUCUAUAUAUCACUCUCUAUUCUUGAGAAAUGCACAGAUAGCCAUUAACCUUACGCUUUCUUUUGCUGCUAGGCCAAAGUGUAACUUUUAGUAGUGUUAAAGAACAUGACUCUAGAGCAAACACUGUUCACAAUACAAUAUACUUUAUAAAAAUUGUCAGACAUGAACAACAAACGAAAUAUAUAUCUACACAUUUAUAACAAAUUU